UAAAAGUUCUUAAAUCUGUCAAAACUUUCAAUUGGAUUAUACGACCAAAUACACACUCGAUGGCUCUAAUUUUUACGAAAACUAGUAGAAUACUUUCAAAUGCACUAAGAUGCAACAAAGAAAGUAUUGUUAUUGUCCAGCGAGGACAGAAUACAACUGUUAAUAUGGGAGAAGAAAAUGUUAAAAAUCUUAAAAGUGAACAAGGUGCAGCAUUGGACAGUAUUGACCUGCAAUUUAAAGAUAUAGAUGCAGCCUACAAAACCAAAUCUACUUGGGAAAUAAUCAGAGCGUUGGUCAUACUUCGAACUUGUUCCUACAAUUACUUUGUGGACAAUAGCGUAAAGUUCCUAGGUUUGAGCCAAAGAUUCCUUGGAAGAUCUCUAACUGACUUUGUUGUGAAGCCGACCUUUUAUGGGCACUUUGUGGCAGGGGACACCCCCGAAUCUAUCACAAGUACUGUUCGGAAACUGAAAUCUGGGGGUGUGCGUCCCAUGUUGGCAGUUCCUAUGGAGGAGGAUGUGAAUGAAAACAUACCAAUGGAUGAGAAGUAUGGGAGAAACCUUUCUGCAAUCUUGGAUUGUAUCCUGUUGUCUCGUCAUGUAGAGGAAUCUCGUCCCAUGAUGCAACUCAAAGUAACUGCUCUCAUCCCAGCAGACCUUGUUGCAAAGUUGACUAUUCUCUACAAUGAAGAGAAAAUAACUGUAGAGGAGAUAGCAGCCUACAUGGAGACUGGAGCAUUGGUUAAAAAUGAGUGCCUCGAUGAAGAGGAACUUUCGCAACUACAUAAAGGACUUGAUAGAUUGGCCCAAGUCGGAAAGUUAGCAGUUGAGAAGAAAGUGAGGGUUCUAGUUGAUGCAGAGUACACAUACCUGAACCCUGGAAUGUCCCUUGUCACCUUAGCAAUGAUGGUGCUCUACAACAAGCAGACUCCCUGGAUUUGGAACACAUAUCAAUGCUACUUAAAGGGUGCAUUAUCCAGCAUCCGUGCAGAGCUCGACGUUACAAAACGCCACAAUGUCUGUUUUGGAGCAAAGAUUGUCAGAGGUGCCUACAUGGAGAAAGAGAAACUGCUCGCUCUGAAUGAGCAAAGAGAGGAUCCAAUCAACCCUUCAUUAGAUGCUACAGGUGAUAUGUAUAAUGCAGUAGUCAAUGCCAUGCUUGAGCACAUCAAAGAUGUAGGAACAAAGUGUAAUAUAAUUGUUGCCAGUAGCAAUGAGGGUGCUGUCAGGACAACAAUACAGAGGCUUGAUCAGCUUGGUAUAGAUCCAGGUGAAGACUCUGUGUGUUUUGGACAGCUGAUGGGAAUGGCUGACCAUGUCUCAUUUUCACUUGGGUCUGCUGGAUUCCCUGUCUACAAGUCUAUGCCAUAUGGCACACUGGAGGACACAAUCCCAUACCUCUCUAGGAGGGCACAGGAGAACAGAUCUGUGCUGCAGGGUGUGAGGAAAGAGAGGGAUUUACUUUGGAGAGAGCUGAAGAAAAGGGUCAGAGGAAAUACAUCUAAGUCAAUGAAAGCAUUGUGAAAUACCCCAGAGAUAUUUACCAAAGUCUGUGUCAUCAUUGUGACAUACGCCAGAGGCAACUUAUAAGUCCAAGUCAUCAUAGUGACAUAUACCAGAGGCACUUUAUGAAACUCAAUGUCAACAUAGUGACAUACCCCAGAGGCAAUUUAUGAAAGUCAGUGUCAACAUAGUGACAUACACCAGAGGCAACUUAUUAAGUCCAAGA